CCUCCUCCCUUCCCUCCUUUCCCUCCUCCUUCCUUCCCACCCUCUCUCCCCUCCUCCCUCCCCGGCGGGGCUGCCCGGGGGGCGGCAGCGGGGACGCGUCUGGGGCCGAGAGCGAUGGAGGACUCGGUUCGGUUCGGUUCGGUCCGGUCCGCCCGCAGGGUCUUAGGAGACUCCUUCCCAGGGGAAGGGGAAGGCGGACAUGUUGUGUCAGAGCCCAGAUGCCAUGGAGGAUAUGCUGGAUGUGGAGAACAAGCGCAUGACAGACAGCCUGGCCAGCAAGGUGACCCGGCUGAAGGCGCUGGCUCUGGAUAUUGACAAAGAUGCUGAGGAGCAGAACCGUUACCUGGAUGGCAUGGACUCGGAUUUCCUGAGUGUGACAGGCCUGCUGUCUGGCAGUGUGAAGCGCUUCUCCACCGUGGUGCGGUCCGGGAGGGACAACCGGAGGCUGCUCUGCUCCGUGUCAGCAGGACUCGUUCUCAUUUUCUUCAUCCUCUACUACCUGGUGUCCCGAGCAGGCACCUGAGGUGGUUGUUCUGCAGGUUUUACAGGACAGACAACAGGACCAUUGACAGACUUGCUCAACGCCCUCCUCAGCCUGCUCUGGGGUGCAGUCUGAGGUCUCCCACAGACGUUCCCAACGAUUCUUCUCUCCUCGUCGUUGUUCUGGCUGCGCUCAGACAGCUCCUUAUAGAACGAGUGUGUCUGAUUCUAAAUGAAUUCUCAUGUAUAACAUGAUUUGGAUGUUAAAUGCUUAUGCCUCGAUCUCUUGCCUUGUCACUUUGUGUGGCAGAUCCUGUGUUACCUCCCUGACCAAAAACCGUGCAAAGGAAGCAAGCACCAAGGAGAUCCUUCCUGCUGCAUUUCUGGGAAGACGUGGCAGCUCCGAGCUCUUUCUGCAUGGAAGAACAGGGGGUGAAUUGGUGGACUUUGUUCUGAUUUUCUAAUGACUUCUGGGACAUCCUGUUCUUCACAGCAGAGCUGGGGUUGCUUUUACUGUUGUAAAUAAAGGUUGGGUUUUUGCAUG